AUGGUUCACAAACUACCAACAGGAUCUUCUUCAUCAUUCUACCUCCACUUAUAUCAGAUUGUGGACGAUAGUUCGUCGGAUCAGAUCAUCUCGUGGAGCAAAAGCAACAACAACAGUUUCGUCGUAUGGGACUUGAAAAAGCUUCGCAGCGACAUUCUUCUCAAAUCCUCCUCUGUAUUGGGUAGAAACGUAACGGAGUUUAUCGCAAAGCUUCGCUCUCAUGGCUUCAAAACAUUCGUCAAGGGCCCUGGGGAGUUGGAGUUCUCACAUGAUGAUUUCGCGAGAAGCCCUCUGAUGAAGAAGAUGAUGGUCAAAGCCUUGUCGGAGAGGAUUGAAAAGUUUGAUGCUCAGAUCAAAGCCAUGAAGUGUAGGCUCAAAGCCAAGAAAGCUACCCUCAAAGUUGAGAAUCUCUUUCAAAACCUGCGAAUCUGA